CGUGGACAAAAAGGGAUACAUCGGACUGAUAGUGGAAUACACGCGAAGUCUCUAGUGAAACUUGUGCGUUUUGCUAUAUUAAAUCAAAGAGCAUUUUUUUUGCUUAUUACAUUCUGAAUUAACAAAGAAUUGGUCAAGAAGCAGUAUGUGUUUAGAGCCUUAACACGCGCUAAUCAGCAGAUUCGGAUCCGGUUUGAGAGACGUUGGCAUGCAACAAAACAAAAAUCGUUUGUAUCCAAGGUAGAACAGGUGUGGACGAAGAAUGAAUUUAUAAUAGAACAACUCGAACGAGCCCACUUUCUAGGUAUACUGAAAAGUUUGCUGACAGUGUGGUCUUUUCGGCUUAGCGAUUGUGUUGUUAGUGAAGCGGAACGUUUAAGAAUCAGAAUCAACUUUUUCAAGAACUACUGUGAUAUGGCAUCAUGGAGAUGUAUUUUUGGAUUGCUGCUUGCCACAUGUUAUUCAUCAGUCUCUGGAUUUUUGCAAAAAUCACUCUCUGGAAAGAGUUCGGUGAACCCAACCCAGUAUGGCAUUGGCAAUGCCUUCAAGGUACCUGCCAGAAGCAACACUACAACGAAACCGUGAGCUCGUCGCCUCUAAGCCUCCCAACUUGCAGACUAUCCUGCUCUGACGCCGCAGGGUUGUGGCCCAAACCUACUGGUGAUGUCUCAGUGAGCAACAUCUUCCAGAAUGUUAAUUUUAACAGCAUCGACGUUGUGCCAAAACAGUCAAAUUCACCAUCAUCUAAGUUGGUCAGAGAAGCUGGAAAAGUCUUUAAAGAACAAAUUCAGGCUACGAUUCCAAGAAGGUUCAAUCCCAAAGGUGGAAAAUCUCUAUUAGUGGACGUAGAUAUUAAAAAUCCAAGCUUCAGCAGACUAACAUUAGACACGGAUGAAAGCUACACGUUGAAAUUAUCUGAAACUAGUGAUGGUAGAUUAAAUGCCUUAAUUUCGGCUCAGACAUUCUUCGGAGCAAGGCAUGGUUUGCAGACGUUGAACCAGUUGAUAGUCUUUGAUGAUUUGAAGGGAGAACUCUUGAUUCCAAGCGAGGCUCUGAUAACUGACAAGCCUGCUUAUCCAUACAGAGGCAUUGUUUUGGAUACCUCUCGUAAUUACAUCACAAUAGAUGCGAUCAAGAGGACUCUUGCAGGUAUGGGAGCCUCAAAGUUGAAUACAUUCCAUUGGCAUAUAACGGACUCCCAUAGCUUCCCUUACGUUUCGAAAUCUAGGCCAGAGCUCUCGAAGUAUGGGGCAUAUUCUCCCAGUAAAGUAUACACUGAUGAAGACAUCAAACAGAUUAUAAAGUACGCAACAGUUCGAGGAAUUCGGGUUCUUCCAGAAUUCGAUGCCCCAGCGCAUGUUGGUGAAGGAUGGCAGAAUACAGGGUUUGUCACUUGUCUAAACUGGCAACCGUGGCAAAGUUAUUGCGUAGAGCCACCUUGUGGACAGCUAGACCCAACGAAAGAUGGGGUAUAUGAUGUUUUGGAAGAUAUCUAUGGAGAUAUGAUCGAGCAAUUUCAACCAGACAUAUUUCACAUGGGGGGAGAUGAAGUAAACUUUCACUGUUGGAAGAGUACCCCAAACAUUGCGGAAUGGAUGCAAAGGAAAGGUUUAAACGUUUCUGAAGAGAAGGACUUAGUACAGUUAUGGAGGUACUUCCAAGAUAACGCUCUUCAAAGGCUGGAUAAAAAAGCUAAGAGGAAUAUUCCAGUGGUUAUGUGGACUAGUCACCUUACUGAUCCAGAAUAUUUGACCAACGCUCUGCCCAAGGACCGAUACAUAAUACAAAUCUGGACAACUGGAACCGAUGCACAGGUCGGAACUCUCCUUGAGAAUGGAUACAAAGUAAUUUUAAGUAACUACGAUGCUUUGUACUUUGACUGUGGGUUUGCGGGGUGGGUUACCAGUGGAAACAACUGGUGUUCACCAUACAUUGGCUGGCAGAAGGUCUACAGUAAUACCCCUGAGAAGAUUGCAGGUCCUACAAAGAAGCACCUAGUGUUAGGCGAAGAAGCCGCUCUAUGGACAGAGCAAGCGGAUUCAGCUUCGGUGGACAGCCGUCUUUGGCCUCGAGCUGCGGCACUUGCCGAAGCUGUUUGGACAUCGCCAGCCAAUCCUAGUUGGGAGGCAGCGGAGCAACGGUUUUUGGCACACAGAGAGAGACUGGUCGAACUAGGUAUAGGUGCUGAUGCGAUUGAACCAGAAUGGUGCUUGCAACAUGAGGAAAAUUGUAGGAUCGGGGCUAAGCUCAAUACUGAUACUAAGUUUAACUGAUUUGUUAUGGAUCUUAUGGUUAAGAAGUAUUUUUACUAUGUUUCAAUCUUCCAGUUUUCCCACACAAGUUACUAUUAUACGAAGCAUGCGUUGAAAGAUGAAUAAAAUGACAAUACUGGCUUAGUUUGAAAUACAGAGUGUUACAGAAUGUUGUCAAGAAAACUUAAAGGCAUAUUUUGCACAUACAAACAUAAAAAAUUCCAUACAUAGACAUAAGACUCGGAAUCCUCUGUUUUAUGAUGCGAGAUAUUUAAACAUUUUGUACGUUUGUCACUCAUGCCAAAAGAAGCAAAUUUUGUAGAUAUAAGACUAACCAGAAAAAACAUAGCGUCCACAAAACAGCUGAUGGCGUCUAAUCACGUGUUGUUAUUUGGCGAAAGAAACAUGUGGUGAUGCCAAAUCGACAAUGCUUUUUUGAUGAAUUCAUUGUCCGCCUCUUGUAGCGAAAGGUUAAGCAUUUUUUGUUCAAAUUCACUUACGCUUGGAUAUUUAUGGUGAGGAUAUUUAUCAUCCAGUCUACAAAAUAUAUGUUUCACUCAAUGGGUACGUCAUACGAUACAAAAUAUUUAUGCAAGUGUAUCGAUCAGAGCAAUCACAAAAGAUAGCCGGCAUUCUGAUAUUCUUUCACCUUAACCAAUGGACCCCACAGUUAAUAUUAUUCUUAGAAGCUCAGUUAAUUAUUAGAUCUUGCAUCUUGCAACAUUAUGACAAUAGGUCUUUUCACGGUUUUUGACGGGUCUCAGUCAACUUACAGGAAUUACUUCCAUCAAUCAAUGUCACUCACACAUACAUAUGUAUAUGCAAUAGACCUCUAUGCACGAACGUUUGUUUGUGUGAACUGGCAGACAUACGUUUUUUGUUGUUUGUUGUCUCACCAUCAUGAAAAAUUUUUCCGUCAACGUAUGACAUGUGAUUUGAGUUUACCGCUUUAUGUUGUUGAUUUCUGACAAAAUAUAGAUACAACUAUAAUGUCGACAGUCUAUGCUAAUUUUUUUGGAUCCAAAUAGUGAAUGAAAAGAACGGUUCUCUGUUACACAGUUCAUGUGGGUAUGCAAGAGCAAGUAGCGACCGCGUUAAGGAUCGGCUUGCGCAGUGUGCAAUUGCGCUGUGAAGUUAAGCUCAAAAAGUGGUACCGUUAAGUCGAUCGGUUUACUUAAUUAGUAUGGCAUGGUGACGUAACCGUCAAAAACUGUGAAAGGAAAUGUAGUUCAUUCAGCUCAGUAACAGUUUCUAAACAUUUUCUGUCAGUCUGGCAACACUGUAUAGCUGCCAUUUAUGGCCGAACCGCCAAACCAGAGCCAUUUUCCUGUGACCCAGUUGAGUUACUCGGAGUUGCCGCAAAACGAGGUGGCUUUGUAACAGAUUUAAUAGUUUUUGUUGAUUAUGAAAUUCUUUCUAUCUUAUACAAAUUAAAUAUUCCAAAUAUUAGAAAUCAAAGUUUCAUCAUUUGGUUACUAAUCUAGCCCAUAUUGCUAAAACAGAAACUUUAAAGAAGAAAGUAAUUCACAAAAAUUGGACCCCACUUAAUGGAGUCACUUUGUGACACCGUUAGCUUUCCUUGAAUGCACAAAGUCAGAGUUUAGCCGGGUGUGUUUGUGAAGAAUAACAGUCUCAACCUAUGUUCUUCUUGUUGGAUUUGUCACAAAUUCACCUUCGAAAUUAUUACCAUAUGAAAAUGUGUGUCACAAACUGUACCCAUAUAAAACCACUAAUCGAGUAAGAAUACUUUAUUUAUCUCAAUUCAGGUAAAAAAUUAGUAAAUAUGAAACUUAAAGCUAAUAAGUGCAUAAUUAAUCAAAAAAUGUGUAACAAAGAUGGCAAUAAACACACUAAAAAUAAAUGCCUAUUUCUCGGACGCGAAAGAUUUCUCUACGAGACGUGAUUUGCACUGGUUUAUUAAUUUUUGACUAAAUUAUGUCGGAAAUGUCAUAAAAAAUUUUGUCCUUCCGGUCAGACCACUUCCAAUUGGCACCACACUUCUCCACUGCACUAACAGAGACUUGAUUUUCUUUAAGGCUGGUGAUGACGCCAGGAAACAAAUUCCCUUCACAACAUACAAUAACAUGAUUUCCAAUAUUUGCUUUUAUAUCAUCAUUGACCACUGAUCUACUUUCUGGUAUUUCACCUUCAGUCAUAUCAUAAAACUCAUACAUGGGCGACGAGCCACUCUCCCUAUAUGAGACCACAUCAGAAUCUUGAUCGAAAAUUUUUGUUGGAUUUUUCAAACGGUAUUGCCGUUGAGGACUUUUCGAAUUGUAUGGACGUUGAAGGUUCUCCAUAUAUCGGUGACGUCGAUGGCAUAUUCCGAACUUCAUCGUUUGAAGACACUUUUUUAGCCAGCCCGUUUGCGCUCUUUGUUUUGUGAUUUUAGUCUAGCUUUUGUCAAUUCGUCAGCAGCAAGGUCCACAUGUGCUCUUACCGGGAGCUAUAUUUACUCUUUUACGUUUUUGACAUUGACGUAACCAAAACUGUUGGGUCUCGUUUUUUCUGUAAAUGUUCUAAAAAACUUUCACCCAAUGCAUCAUUUACGCAUGAACUUUGGUUGUUCAUAAUUUCUUCUGGCAUGCGACUCAACACUUCUGCACGGUUGAGAGGAUGUCAGCCACAGUUUCAGAUACCAGCCGGGAGAACAUCAACUGCUCUGUCAUGUAUGAUAACCAUUAACUUUUUCAACAAAGCGGGAAAUUGAUCCUUGUGUAUCGUUCCACAUCUACUACCAAAUACCGCGUCCUUUCAUUCAUGCGAAAUCAUUCAACAGUUACUCUUCGUAGGCCUAAAAAAUGCCUCGUCCAAGGGUUGGAGUAAAUGAGUUGCAAUAGGGUCUAAUGGAAUGAAAUAUUGUUUGCCUCACAUUGCCGAAUAACCUCAAUAUUUAGGUGCGAACUUAAAUUGUCGCCUAUAAGUACCUUUCUUCCAUCCUGUUUUUUAAGACGAAUAGGUGACAUGAGAUUAAUGAACCAGUCUUCAAAACACUGGUAGUCGAACCAGCCGGAUUUUGUUGUUACACCGAGCAUGUCCAGGUCCAUUUUCCGUCCAGGUUUGCCAAAGCUUCUCCGAUUUAUGAACAACAUAUACUGGGGCGAUUUCUGCGGCUGUGUUUCCAGCUACCAUUAAUGAAGUACAUGUCUUCUUAGCAUGCCGGAUUUGCUCCAGAUACUUUGUGCCUCGUUUUGUAAGCACUUUUGUAGAACCAGGAUCAGCGCCUAAGUUUAUUUCCUCCUAAUUCCACAAGUUCGAUGGAGCAAUACCCUCUAGCUCUGGUUCCAGAUUAUUAAAGAAGUUGUAUAUAGUGUCGUGAUUCACUGCAUCCUUCGAAAUACUUAUGUUUCGAGCAAUUCUAUUAGCCUUGUGUCUUUCAAGAAAUGAUGUGACCCAUCCUUUUCCGGGGAAGUUAUUUUUAAAAGGUCUUACCUUUGUUCCUCUCUUAUUUAAAUAAGCCUUUACAAUAAAACGGAGGUCAUGUGAUGUAACAAGAAAGCCAAAUGUGGAUAUGGCAAUUAUGUGAGCAAUAAUUCACUGCUCCUCUUAGUUGUUCAGAGCCGUUUGGCCCCCAGCGGGAAGAUAAUGUUUUCCAUGCAGCUUCAAAAACGUGUUGCAGUGAAGUCCAUAUCUGCAAAUUAUUAUUAAGCGUAAAUAUGCAAGCUUUCUUACUUUUUCGCUCAUUUUUUUACCUUUCUGCAGCAUCUCGUAUUCUUAGUUUUCUAGCUCUUAUUUUGCGAAGGGCUUCCUGAAGCGUCUCUUCAGUGUAAUUUUUAUAUGCGCGUGUGUCAGGCUUUCUAAUGUAUUUUCGGUACAUUUCUGUAACAAAAACUUACUGUCACAAAGUUGUUGUGUAGAUGGUAAAUAUUCUAUGACACAAAGUCAUCCCAUUUUUUGUUGACAUUUUACUUUAUGUGUCGCCAAUGGAAUGAUAAACAUAAUUUUAGUAUUGCAAAUACACAUAUACUUACCCUAUGUACCACUUCAGACUAUCUGAGUACCAAGAUCUAUUUAUUAUAGUUUCACUUGUACAAUAUGAAGUAUGACGAAGAAGUAAAAUGCAAUAAAAUGAUGCGUUCAUAAAAACCAUUCUCGAGACAUACCUACUUCUAGGACGAUAGCCACUGUACGACUGAUUACAACUGAGUACCCACUUCAUCUGGUAUCUGGGCAACCACAUCUGACAGACCUACUGACCUACGAUACUUUAACAAAAAGUGAAGGUCCCGCGGACCGCUCUGACGGACAAUGACGAAUAGAAUAGAAGCGAGUACCUUUGAAAAUGCAUGAGACCAGAGGGGUAGCGCUCGUGUGUCAAAUAUUGUAACUAUAUUCAAAUUUUCGCAACAAACACCCACUGUCACAAAGCCACCUGGCUGUCCUAGUCACCACGUUUUACGGUACUCUGGGUAAUUCAGAAUUGUACAGCACCAAUAUCGUUCUACUGCACCUUGUGUUCCCAUACACACUUUCUAUAGCAGUUCGGAAGCAUAUCACUCUCAAAUCAAAAACCAUUGGAAAGCAGUUUAGGGGCGGUGGUUAGCUCACAAAUCGCUGUUUUCGUUGAAAAUCAACCUAAGGUCAAUGAGGUCGACCGGCGGAUUUCAAAGACAUUCCAUUCCACAAUUCUCCCUUGGUGUAACUACUCUUUAGUAAGACCCUAUAGAAUGACAAAUGCUAUAAGUUUGGAGGAAAGUGAUCAAUAAAUACACAUACAUAAAGGAUAAAAUAUUUUAUUGAUACAUGAACUGAAUACGUAGGUACAUGGAUAAAAAAAUAGAAUAUAGGUUAUAUAUAUAUAUAUAUCAAAUUGCAAUGAAUAUAUCACAGCCUUAUUAGCUAACAUGCAUGUAUAGCUUUUAUGAGGAACAAUAAAUAUAAAUAAUAUGUUUAGAGUCGUUAAUUCUGUAGUGAUUCUUGUUUAAAUCAGGUAAUAUUCCAGAAGUGGCCCAAAAGAACGCUUAAGGGGGUGUUUUCGAACCUUGCAUGAGACAUAUUCUCGCAUGCGAUACUGAAAUUUUAUUUUUGUGAUUCUUGUCAACGUUUGUAAGGGCCGUAUCGUCAGUCGUUCCUACAAUUGUGGGACGCCUUUAUGGCGGACAAUUUGAUGCAAACAGAUAUUUGUAACAUAACCUCAAAAUAGAGCGCUGACACGUAAUAGUAGACCCUUAGAGAGCUGUCACUUUUGUUGUUUAAUUUUAAGACGGAUGUUGAGGAAAUGCGGUCAAUAACGAAGAAAAAAAGUACUUUCAAGCAACUCAUAUCCCUACUUUAUUAUCUGUCGUUUUGUGGAACAGUGAAAAAAUCUCGAAUCCGUCAUUCAUUGUCACAUGCUCUUAGCUUCGCGAGAUUUUGUCGAGUGAAAAAUGUCGAUUGCCAGAUUAAAGAAGGCACUUUUUGAGUUUCGUGUGACAUUUUCGCUAUCAUGCAUGAAACAUUAACCACUCGAUAUUCAAGAAAACCCUGGUCGGUGAAUCAUUCCUAAAUUAUUUUGGGCCGCUUCUCUCAUUCUGGAUUAAAAAAGAAUUGGUCUAGAAGCAACGCCUGUUCAGUCUUAUUCUUUGGAAUGUGAAGGAGUAUGAGAAUAAUUUUGUAAAACCUUCUGACACAAAGCUUUAAUGCUAGGUUGGUUCAAAAGUUCUGCCUCUCUCGAGAUCCGUCUGAUGUCGGCCAUUCGUUUGUAUUUGACAGCCAAGAAGUAGGCAGUCUUCAAUUGUUUGGCCUCAAUGUACGCAGAUAUCUGGAAACAAAAACAAAUAAUUUCUCUAAGAACCUAUCGGUUAACAGGCUAAAAAAUGGCAUCAAGAAGGUUGACUCUGUAGUUACCACACAACGCUGUGUACAGGGUGGCCAAUAUAUAACUGACUGAUUUUAAUUGCGCGCCAUUUUUUAUACACGCAUUUCAGUAGGUGGCGCCGUAGUAGUUGUUUAAAGCACAUGUGUCC